UAUUUAUAACCCGCAGCGUCUCCAGGUUGUGCUCCUUGAGUGCGCACAGCACAGAAAUCCAAUCCUCCCCGCGUCUUGAGGACAAAAGCCAGGUGCGCUCAUGUGCGUCCCGGUAAGAGGUUUGGCGUUACCUGCCAGCACCAACACAAACAGGACGCGUAGAUGGCGCACAAAUAAUCGGCCAAAAUACGCCGUGAACUUUCUGUUUUGAGCCGUCCAUUAAUUACCGGUUUCUCCAUCGUGUGCAAGACCGCUUUGAGCAUGGGAAGACAGUCCUCUGACCAGGGCUGCAAGCUGUAAAGUCCAAACAUAGAAGAGAAGCUGUGAUUGUGUGGAGCGAUGGCGGAUAUCCUGGAGCUGCGCACAGACGGGAAUUCUCUCCUAAAAGCGGUAUGGCUGCGUCGUCUGAGGCUCACCAGACUCCUCCUGGAGGGCGGUGCUUACAUCAAUGAGAGCAACGAACGCGGGGAGACACCUCUCAUGGUGGUGUGCAUGUCCACACACAGUGACCAGCAGAGUGUCAGCAAGUCCAAGCUGGUCAAGUAUCUGCUGGACAACCAGGCCGACCCUAACAUACAAGACAAGGGAGGCAAGACUGCCUUGAUGCACGCCUGUAUUCAUGAGGCGGGACAUGAGGUGGUGGACCACCUACUGAGCAACGGUGCUGAUCCUAGUUUGGAGGACCGGAGUGGCGCUUCUGCGCUUGUUUAUGCCAUCAACGCGGAUGAAAAGCAGACACUAAAGCUUCUCCUGGAUGCUUGCAAAGCAAAAGGCAAAGAGGUGAUCAUCAUUACCACAGACAAGUCGGCGUCUGGCACCAAAACCACCAAACAAUACCUGAAUGUCCCUCCAUCUCCGGAGCUGGUAGACAGGUCGUCUCCGGUGUAUUGCACCUCGCCUUCUGAUAUCGAUGUGACUGCAUCUCCCACACUCAAGCAGGAGCAACAAAACACCGUUUUCAGCUUCCAGACCAAGUUGAAAACCUCCUGCUCGGCCAACAAACUAGCCAACGGACCCACAUCUCCCACGCGGCGGCCCGCCUGCCACAAGCGAGCACGUUUACCUCAGCUGAAGCGCCUGCAGUCGGAGCCAUGGGGGCUCAUUGCGCCCUCUGUGCUGGCUGAACGAGCAAACAACAGCCACGAAGAGACUAAGAAGGCCAGCUCGGAUGAGGACGUGGUGGCAGGUGUGAACGGCUUGACGCUAAACAAGAGGGCAGCUUUGUCUCGACAGAACAGCGUGGACGGCAAAGAUGGUGUUUUCCCAUCGGUGAUGGGCGAGCAAGCCAGCAAGCUGACCACCUCGCUGUCAGUUCCCCCGACCUAUGAGAGAUCUCUGAGUCAGCACCAGCCUCUUGCACGACGGAGCACCGUUCCCACCGAACAGGAGGGCGGCAACAGCGGGCACGCCAGUCUCAGAGACACUGUGCACAGGAGACGACUUGGGAAUGACCACUACGACUCUGACUCCCAGCUCUAUUCCGACUCCAUCAUGCUGGACUCCCCCAAGGUCCCGAUAGAGCGACGAAAACUGAACACCUCCCCCUUGGCAAUGCUGACCAGCUCCAGAGAAUCACUAGAUAGCAACGCAAGCACGUCCUCUCCGAGCACCACACGGCGGCGUGCUCCGGGCCUCCUGGAGAGGAGAGGAUCCGGCACCUUGCUUCUUGAUCACAUCUCCCACACUCGGCCAGGCCACCUGCCCCCUCUAAACGUCAACCCAAACCCUCCCAUCCCCGACAUUGGCGUCAGUAGCAAGCCUUCGUCGCCUCUGGCCAGCGGGUUUCGAUCCAUAGCACCGGCAGCACCAAACACACCAAAGAGAGGCGGACUAAAGUGCAAGAAGAAACUUGUGAGAAGACAUUCUAUGCAAGUGGAGCAAAUGAAGCAGCUUUCUGACUUUGAGGAGCUGGCUCAUUAGUGACUGGUGGUGUUUAUGCAGCAUAUUUUAUGUUAACUGACUAACAUUGUCAACAGUUACGUACAUGUUGAUUCCAUUUCAAACUGAGCAAUAUGGAUAGAUGUCCUCUUGUUUCACUUCCUACCUUGUGGAUUCUUUUUUUUUUGAUGCCAUGUCUGCUUUAAAUGUAUUACACUUUUGAAUGUAAACGCCAAAUUGUGGUAAUAGAAGGAUCUCUCCUACAUGCUACCUCCCUCACAUUCCGCAAACAUUUUUUAUUACAUUGUAUCUUCUUAAAGGAAUCAAACUUGGAUAUAGUACUUUAGAGUAGUCAGUGUACAGUUUGUAUAGCAGCAGAGAUGUACUAUCCACUGAAAAUCAUUCAACACGCAGCCUUCUAAAUAGCUGGUAAUAAAAGUGUGUCUUGCCUACAGUCAAGCAUGUUGGUGGUAGCAUCAUUGUCCGGGGCUGCAUGAGUGCUACCAGCACUGGGGAGCUACACUUCAUUGAAGGAGACAGGAAUUUCAACAUAUAAACAUGAGAGCAUGAGCCCCUCCCUUUGGAAAACUUACCCAACAUGGUAAUAAGCCCAAACACACGUCCAAGAUGACAAGUGCCAUGAUGAGGAAGCUGAAGGAGUGGCCAAGUAUGUCUCCUCCACAACUCAACCCAACUGAGCACCUGUGAAGCAUCUCCAAGUGGAAUGAAGGAAGGAAGGUGGAGGAGUGGAAGGUGUCUUACAUCCACCAGCGAUGUCAUCAUGAACAAGUGGAAGAUGAUUCCAACCACAACCUGUGCAGCUGUGGUGAAUUCCAAGAAGAUUAAUGCAGUCCGAGAUAACAAUGGCGCUCACACUAAAUAUCAACUCUACACAAUUUGGACAUAUUCACUGUAAGGUGUGCUCACCCGUAUUACAAGCUAUUUAGUCGAUUAUGGCUGUGUGUUGAUUCAUUUUCAAUGGAUAACAAAUCUAUAAUGCAAUGCGAGCUGCACACUGACUACUCGAAAGUACCCUACCAGUCAAAAGUUCGAACACACUUUCCCAUUAAUAGAAUUAGGAAGUGUAUCCAAACUUAUAGUGUAUAUCAAAGUUUAAUGUCUACAGUAUUGAGUAUUGUCCUUGAUAGGCGAUAGUAAAUGGUUGCUGUUAUGUGAUGGGUGGACUCCCUUUUGUGAGAUACUGUAGGGACCAUACCGGGUCCAUUUGUAGCCAACAGGACACUUGAGUGUACUUUGUGCAUUAUGUAAUUAGCACUAAUGACAGGCUUGCUUUGGAUGAGCUGAUAUGUAGCGUUGAUGUUGGAGGUUUGACUGUUUGUAGCAAAACUGUGCAAAGUGCCUUCAAGAUUAAUGACAUAAAAUAGAGUGGAGGGAUACAUUUGAUUUAUUAAAAAAAUGUAUUAACAAUAUGGAUGUAACCAAAAUGUGUUUCAUUUCAAUAUUGGUGGUCAGUGAAUGAAUAAUAUGCCUUAAAAACAGAUGAUGAUGAUGAUAUGAAGAAAGAUCAAAUGGGGGACAUAUACUGUCAUUGUAACAAUGUAAUAUUUAGUGAUAAAAAUGUCAUUUCAUGCUUAUGGCAAUCAAAAAGUGAAGA